AUGGCCGGGCAAGACGACAACAAGACCGCCGCCGCAUACGCAGACGAGAUGCAGAAACGAACGCGCAAAGAACGUCGCUUCGACGAGAUCGAAGCCCAGCUUCCCAACCCUAGGGUUCCGACUUUACAAUCGGCCUUCAUGACGGCCAGCGGCCUGCUCUCACACCUUGGCAGCUACAACCCGUGGGGCCGGCCCGUGACCGACGACGAUAUUGUCUGGCUCCUCGACAACACGGCGUACAAGCCCUCGCGCAUAGGCAGCUGGCAGGCCGAGUUCGUCGCUGCCGUUUUCGAAAAGGAACCGAAAUGCACCGUCAUCGACAUCGUGCAGGGUGUCGCCCAGAAGCUUGGUCUUGCUGACGACGCUGAGGAGCUGGCGACGAUCGAGGAGAGGUUACUGCCGUUCCUCUGGGACGUGCAGCCCUCGCGACUGCUGCGGGUUGUGCACCAGAAGAAGGAGCUCAAGUUGGGACCCUCGGGGACGAACGGCAUCAGCACCGAUACGCUCAAGGUCAGCGACCAGCCUUCUGGCACCAUGGUCACGUCGAGCGCCGCCGUGCCGCGGGGCGCGACGGGCCUGUUGGAGAUGAAGACAUUCUUCGCUGCACCAGAGGGCUGGGCGAUCAUCUCAGAUGUCGACGACACGAUCAAGCUGACGCAGACGAGCGACCCCGUGGGCAUCCUCCGCGAGACGUUUGUCAACGAGCCGACGCCCAUUGAGGGCAUGCCGGAGCUGUACAGGAACAUCAAGGCGCUUCUGCCGCAGGAGUCGCCGUGGUUCUACCUCUCAGCCUCGCCGUACAACUUGUACCCGUUUCUGCGCGAGUUUCGCGACAAGUACUAUCCUCCGGGAACCAUCAUCCUCCGCGACUCGAGCUGGAAGACGGUUGCGGGCCUGUUGUCAGCCCUGACCAUGGCCACGGAGGAGUACAAAGUGGAGCGCAUGAGAAAGGUGCAUGGCUGGCUGCCCAAGAGAAAGUUCAUUCUCAUUGGCGACUCUACGCAAUCCGACCCUGAGGCCUAUGGUGACAUCUACCGCGAGUUCAAGGGCUGGGUCAAGCUCAUUCUGAUCCGCAAGGUUACCGACAUUGCGGCCGUCGGUAUUUCGGCCAAGAACGAACCGGAGCGCUUCGAGAAGGCGUUCAAGCACGUUCCUCGCGACGACUGGUUUGUGUUCGAGAACCCCGUUGAUUGCAACAAGAUCAUCCGCGACACCGUUGCGCAGGGCUAG